AUGCGCGGUCUAGGCAACCAACUGCCAGCAUUCUCGGAACUCUCGUCCUUCAGCCAAAGUGUCGAAGUCCGGGAAUUAAGAUCUAGUCUGGAGGAAGCAGAUGCCAAAGUGCUUUGCGUUCAUCGCGAUGACCUUUCAGAAGAGAGCAUUGAAGAGGGCGAUACAAGCCCUACUGUCUGCAUUUCCAACAGGCCAGUGGGUGGCUGCAAUGAUGAGAAAGAAGCUUUCAAUGGAAGCCUUCCAGGAGACAAGCCAAAGACGAUAGUCUCUUCGCCACAGCAGUAUCUGGAGGCAACAACGUUUGCUGCGGCAAAGUCCAACUGCCAGUUGUUGUCUUUUCUCGGCGAGGAGGGCUCUACCAUUCCAAGGAUGAUGCAAAUUCUGACUUGGUUCGACUCGGCUUUCGCAGCCAAACUCGAUUUACGGACAAACUUUCUUGAAUUUCACACUCACUUCAUCUUAUUUAUGUCACUAUUGUCAAUCAUUUAUCAAAAAUCGCACAUUGGAAGAGCACGUUCUCAUCUGCCGCGCCGAUAG